GGAAGAAUAAAUACUGGUGCACUCAGCCUAAUUGAUGUAUUUGGCGACAUAGAGACAAAGAAAAAAGCGACAAGGCAGAAAGUAAUUGCAUUUUCUUUAUUUUUCCUCUUUGUCCAUCUUCCGCUUACCACUCAGAGAUUGCAAGAAGAUGACUUUGGGCAGGCACAACCCCAGGCGCUUUGUGGCCAUGCUUCUGUCGCUGGUCAUCUUCAUAGUCACUAUUGCCCUUAAUGGCCUGGCAGGGGCAGGAAGUGGUCCUUUCUUGCUGAACACGGGGAAUAUAUCAAACAAGUAUGACACAGAUAUAACUCCUUCAGGAUGGACUUUCUCCAUCUGGGGGGUCAUUUACGCUUGGCAAGCCAGUUGGCUCAUCUAUGUUUUCACUGGACUAUGUAGGAGAAAUACUUAUGGCUGGAUGUACUGUGAUCCUGCAGUCUUGCCCUAUGGAUUCUAUGUGUCGUGGAUCGCAAACAUGAGUUUGAAUAUCACCUGGCUCUUUCUGUGGGACAGGGAGCAUAUGAUACCUGCACUUAUUUUCCUGGCACUGAUCGCUUUCACUAACUACCUCGUUCUCUUCUUCUGCUGCCAUGGGCUGAAUUUGUAUGGUGCCUGGCUGAACACAUAUCACAGAGCUGAUCUCUGGCUCAUAAGGGUCCUGGUUCAAAAUGGGGUGGCUUUGUAUGCAACCUGGACAACAAUAGCCACACUUUUGAACUUUACUGUUGUUUUAAUGUACAACGGAGGAGUGUCCAGAGCCAUUGCUGGCACUGUAUCUCUUUCGUUGCUCUUAAUUGAGUUAGUUGUGUGGUUUGCUUUGGAAAACUUUGUUCUGGAAAAGCAUGUGCGCUACAUCCUUACUGUGUACCCUGUCGUGAUUGUGGCUUUGUCAGGAAAUAUGACUAAGAAUUUCAACGCACAAUCACCAAGUUCAAAUGGAAUUUUCAUCGCUGUUCUGCUUGGAAUUGCGUGUGUGACUUUCACUGUGCGAGUCGUGCUUGUGAUCUGGCGUCAUCUGAGACAUCCUUUGUACCGGGAUGCAGACCCUUCUACACAAUUGUCGCCAAUGAAUGUUGCAGAAACACAGAAAAAAAUAUUCAUCUAGAAGAAGAGAAAGUGUUUUACUCAAACUAUGAGAUGUCUGGGAGCUUUUUUUAAUUAAACCAUUCUUGGACACUUUUUUCCUUUAAGUGCCAAGACAUCGAA